AGAAUCCUAUUAAAAUAAGAAGAAAAACCGUUUCUCUGUGUGUAUUAUAUCUAAAAUAGUGUAAACUACAUGUGUUUUUUUUAUAAAUAAUAAUAAUUUUGUGUGUGUGUUCUGUGAAUUGGCAUUGUGUAAUACUGUUUAUUUGUUUUUGUUUUUGUUUUUUGUUUACAGUGACACAAUUGUGUAUUAAUAAUAAUAACUUUAACUUUAAUAAUAAUAAAGAACUACAACAACAAGUGUGUGUGAAAUCAUCAUCAUCAUCAACGAUAUUUCCAUAUUAAAUCAACUUAAAACGGAAUAUUUUUUUUGUUUGGCGCGUAAAUUGUGUGUUCCAUACUCUGUUAUUUUGUUGAUAAGAAUUUUUUUAUUCAUCUAAAAUCGAAAGUACGGAACUAUAGAAAAAUAAAAUAUCCUCGCCCUAUAUUUAUAAAUAAAUAAAUAUAUAUUUUAUAUUGGUCCUCAAAAAACCAACAAAAAUUCUUUUUUUUUUGUUAUCUUAUUCGAAUGAUGUCCGAUUACGCUGAUUAUCAUCAAGCUAUGGCGCAUCACGCCGCGAUUAAUGCCAAUCAACUUCAUCCAGCAACAAUGACACAGAUUCCAAUGUCACAAAUGAUUUCUGCAACUGGUCUUAAUUUGACUGUAAUGCCUGGUCAACUAAAUAAUGCCGGUCAACAUCAAUUAGCACAUGGUCAAAUUGUUUAUACAACAAAUGUUCAGCCAACGGUUGCCGUUGCAAAUACAAUGACACAACAACAUCAUCAACAACAUCAUCAUCAUGGUCAUAAAAAACAGAAAAAACCAAAAGUCAAUAAAGAUGGAGUACCUGCACCAAAACGUGCAGCAACGCCAUUCAUUAAUUUUACACAAUGGUAUCGUGAAGAAUUAAAAAAAGGUGGUCGUGCAGUACCGAAAAUUGCCGAAUUUGGCAAAGAAUGUGCUGCUAAAUGGGCACUAAUGUCCGAAGAGGAAAAGAAACCAUUUUUAGAUACCGCAUCCAAAGAUAGAGAACGUUAUAAACGAGAAAUGGCCGUAUACAAACCAGCUCGUGAUGUUAACAAACCAAAACGACCAGGAACAGCAUUCAUGUUAUUCAUGGUUGAUUUUAGGAAAGAAAUGGCUGGCAAAGAACCUGAAGGUGGUGUAGCUGCAUUGGCCAAACUUGGCGGUGAACGAUGGCGUAAUAUGACCGAAGAUGACAAACGGCCUUAUGUUGAACGUCAAAAUCAGGAACGUGUACGAUAUGAAUCAUCAAUGGAAGAUUAUCGUCGUAAAGGUCAACAAGCUACAGCUCAACAGAAUCAACAGGAAAGACGUGAAGGUUCUAAUGAAGAAUCCGAUUCUGAUUCAUUACAACAAGCACAAGUCGCUGUACAACAACAAGCACAAGUUGUAGCAGCUGCUCAACAACAACAACAAGCCCAACAACAACAACAACAGCAGCAACAACAACAACAACAGCAGCAAAUUCAUUUGACACCAUCAUCGACCACUGCUUAUCUUUUGACCGGUACUGGUGCUGUUUAUUCACAGAUACAGGCGCCAUAUUCUUGGAACUAAAUAAAUAAAUAAAUAAUCUUGUGGAAAAUACAUCAAAACAAAACAUCAGCAUCUCAUUAUCAUCAUCUCAAAUUCAUCGUCAUCAUCAUCAAACAACACAACAUUUUACCAACCACACCACCACCACCACCAGGAUGAAACCUCAGGUAUAAAUCCUUUUCAUCAUUAUCAUUCGAAUUUUUUUUCUGUCAAAAAAAAAAAUAACCAACCAUUUUUCUAUAUUUGAAAAAAAAAUGAUUACUACUUUACUACCUUUUCAUUAUAAAA